UCAGGAUAUAAAGUUGAACAUCACACAGACUCUGAUUUUCAUUUGCUCCCACUGAGACUCAAAGGGCAGAAACAGAAACAGCCAUCAGACAUGAAAGGAAAAGGCGUUGUGCUGUUCUUUGUGUUGCCGCUGGUGUUCGGCCAGCAAAAGACCUACACCUGGGACGUGCCAGGACAAACCCUUGCUCCAGACCCCAUCAACCCGUGUCUGACUGACCAGGACUCAUGUGGUUGUUGUGUGAUGCAGAGGAAAAAAUGGCAGUUAGAAGAAUAUUUAAACUCUAGUAUGAAUUCACUGGAGGAUUCGCUGGCCAGAGCACAAAACACACUGAGAAACAUAAGAGAGAAUCGAGUGGCGUUUUCUGUGGGUCUAACCGACAGGAGACGCUGUAUUGGUCCGGCAAGGACGGCAAUAAAUGUGGUCUAUCAGAGCAUCUUUAUCAACAUUGGAGAGGCCUACAACUCAUCCACUGGUGUGUUCACGGUUCCACGGUCAGGCGUGUAUAACCUGGCAUUUACCGUGUUCAGCGACGCAGGCUCACCAGGCGCAUUGCUGUCCGUUUGUACCAGUAUCAGGAGGAAUGGUGUGGCUCUAGCAGCACUUAGGGAGAUGUAUGAUCAAGACCAGGAGGACCAGGCCACAGCGGUCUUACUCGCGCAGCUAAGAGUCGGCGACCGUAUUACCAUCAGUCUCCACACUGGCUGCUGGCUCUGUGAUGAUCAGAAUCAUUACAACACAUUCAGUGGAUUUCUGCUGUAUGCUACAGAGUGAAGCUCACAAACACACACAUACACAGACUUUAAAGGCUAAAUUAGUGAAGAGCUCUCAUAGAUGCAAUGUAUACAACUAUUUGACCGUAUAGACAAACCUAGACACACUCACUCACACACACACUUCGGGU